AUGUUGUCAAUUAGGCCUACGACUCCAAAUGGCGCGCAAGGCAGUCUGCAGCAUCCUUUCUCCCCAGCCAGUGCGCACGCGCGGGGGUUCAAGCGCUCUGCUUCGACCGACGACGACCAGGACCAUGAUGGAGAGACCCGACCAUCUUCGCGGCGCAACACGGCCGUCAAGCGCGCAUGUAAUGAAUGUCGCCAGCAGAAGCUCAAGUGUAACGUCCAGCAAGACCCCUUCGUGAGCUGUGCCCGCUGCCAAAAGCAAGGCCUACGAUGUGUCAUCGAACCCAACUUCAAGCGUGUCGGCAAGCGCAACCGCAACGCGGAGAUGGAGAAGGAAAUGGAGUAUCUGCGAGAACGACUCGCCAUGUACGAAGGACAGUCAACGCCCAAUACGCAGCCCGGUCGGACUGCGUCGCACGCAAAAUCGGACGUUCACAUGUUCACACCGGGCACCAUGCCGAAACUGGAAGACGACGCCUUUCUCCAGACACAACACCAACAGGUGGCGGCGACGUCGCUAUUGGACCUGCGCAGCGGCUCUCCCAUGUUCUUCUCAUUAGGUUCGGGAGAGGUGCGCCUGGGCCAGAACGAAGUCAAUGACCUGUUCGCCGAAUACUUUCAGCUAUACCACCCAUUCCUCCCGUUUCUAGACCCAGUACGCUCACCAGAGGAGUACUACUCGCAAGAUCAUAAGUUGCUGUUUUGGGCUGUCGUUGCGGUCGCUGCUCGUCGCUAUGGGCCACGUCCAACCCUUCUCAAGGAUCUAGCGAAGCCGCUGGGCGACCUGAUUUGGGAUUCAAUACGCAACCAGCCAAAUCACCAUGUUGUCAAGGCGCUGUGUCUGCUUUGUACAUGGCCACUGCCGGCCGAGCGAACCGUCACCGACCCCACAUUCAUACUAAGCGGCACGAUGAUGCAGAUUGCGAUGCAGAUUGGUCUGCACCAGCCUACACAUCCUCAAGACUUCUCACGGACCAAUGUACGGCUGCAGCAGGAGGACAUACAUGAUCGACUGCGGACAUGGGCCGUCUGCAAUAUUGUAGCUCAGACGGUAUCGACAGGCAACGGACAGCCUUCGAUUACACUCUACGACUCGACUUUGGAUUUCAAGGUGGACGAUGAAGAGCACAUGCGGAUAAUACCGCCUACACUGUUUGUACGGCUGCGCCAGGAGAUGGCUGUCAGCAGGAUCAACAAGUUACUAUAUUCAGCGAAUAGCCAUGGGUUCGCGGAAGGCGCUGCAUCAAGUUACAUGACGCUUGAGGCAGAUCGCCUGAAAGAGGAGCGUGUGAAGGAGCAUCGUGGUUCCCUCGAUGGCGUGGAUAGCGGUACAGUGGAGACCGGCGCACACGUCAUUUUAGAUUGUAUAGCUGACACGAUACCAGAUCUUGAAGAAUUGUAUCACUAUGCGGUUUCAUUACAUCUCCAUCUUUACUCCUUCUUCAGUCCAGAAACGCGACUCGAACGCCGAGACGAUCUGGUGGCUCUCUAUUUCGCUGCAACAGCCUAUCUGGAACGUGUGUUCAAACUGCAACGCGAAAACAAAUUACCUCAUGUUCCCCAUUACGUCAUGCAAAUGGCUUUGGCCGCUGGAUUCGCCCUCCUCAAACUCCUCAACUCCGACUUUGCCACCAAACUACCUACUGAUCGAGGUCGCCAGUUUGUUCUGCAAACAGUAGAUGCUCUGCGCAAGGCCAAAGUAUGGUCCAAUGAUCUCCUGGACCGCUUCGCCGAAGUCCUGGCCCAGCUCUGGAAGGAGAGCUCGCGAGGGCGCAGUCUUCAUAGCCUUUCACAGUCGCCAUCGCUCAGUAAUCCCGGCAUGGGCAGCAUGUUCAACCACCACACCCAGCAGCAAAUGCAACGGCAACAGCAUGAGCAUAGGAGAGAUAGCACAGCUAUGAUGAACGACCCUCUUGGCCUUAUCAUCCGCAGUCGCAUGAGUAUGAGCGUCCUAUUUGACUGUGUAUGGCGAUGGCGUGAAGCACAAGUCAGUGGUGCAGCCGAGCAGCUCGAUUCCAUGGUCAUGAAUAACCCUACCAACCCUGACUCAUCAGGGCACUCUACACCGCCACCAGGAGCGGUAGUGGAUAAUCCUGCACAUACCUUACCGAACUUCAAUCCUCAUCUCAACACACUUAGCAUGCCCUUGCAACUCCCGAACGGACUUGCGAGUGCUAACAGUUAUGAGUUCUUCGACUCGGUGUCGUGGAUGCUAGAGACGCAGUCGGAUUGGAAUACCUAUGGAGCGGGCAACUUCGGGAACGACUUUGGCACCUAA